AUGGUCGAAUACGAAUUUGGUGGCCCCCUGGGUGCCGCUGGCAUCACAUUUGGCCUGCCCGUGUUGCUUUACGUGUUCGCAUUCGCCUGCAACGACGUGUCUGGCUGCCCUGUCCCAAUUCUUUUACACCCCUGCGACUUUGCCUGGGAAAGUCUGAACGCUGAUGCUGGUCUACUGAAUGCCAGUCUAUCAAAAUUCUUUACCAGGGAAGCGAUGCUUGUUACUGUCGCCUACUAUGUCAUCGGGCUAUUCCUGUGGAGGGUUCUUCCUGCAAACGAAGUCUAUGGAACCAAGUUGGUGCAUCAUCAUCGUCCCCUUUUGUAUCGGUUCAAUGCGUUCUCGGCAAGUGUGGUGGUUCUCGCAAUCUGCGCGGCAGGCACUUACUUCCAGGGCGCCGAGUUUCCCGUCUGGACUUAUAUCACCGACAACUAUGUGCAACUUCUCACAGCAAACAUCCUUAUUUCAUACGCCCUAUCUGUUUUCCUGUACGUCAACAGUUUCACCGUCGACACCAAGUAUCCCAACCGCGGCCUUCGAGAGCUAGCUGCUGGCGGGACGACAGGCAACUUCAUCUAUGAUUUCUACAUCGGCCGCGAGCUCAACCCCCGGGUUACUCUGCCCCUGCUUGGGGAAGUCGACAUCAAGACCUGGUGCGAAGUUUGCCCUGGCUUGACCGCGUGGAUCCUGCUUGACCUGGCAUUUAUCGCCCAGCAGUACCGCAGCUACGGGUACAUCUCUGACAGCAUUAUCUUUACGACAGCCGUGCAAGCAUACUACGUCCUCAGCAGCCAGUACAACGAGUCCUCCAUAUUAACGAUGAUGGAUAUCACUACGGAUGGCAUGGGCUUUAUGCUUUCCUUCGGCGAUAUUGUCUGGGUACCUUUUCUCUACUCUACGCAGGCUCGUUACCUCGCAGCUUUCCCCGUGCACCUUGGCUGGCCAAGAAUUCUCGGCGUUGCUGCUAUCUUCGUACUCGGCAUAUACAUCUUCAAAGCGGCGAACAACCAGAAACAUCUGUUUCGGACCCAGCCAGAGCACCCAGCAGUGCGUGGUCUAUCCUCGAUCAGAACCAAGCGCGGCACCCGGCUCCUCACAGCUGGCUGGUGGGGACUCUCGCGGCACAUCAACUACUUCGGCGACUGGAUGCAGGCUUUGCCAUUUAGUCUGCCUACGGGGAUUGCGGGAUACAUGAUUCUUCCGGCCGGGGCCGCAUUGACCUCCGCCGAUCUCUCGGACUCGCAGUCUCGCACCAUGCUCGACGGGCGAGUAGUGGUCCAGGGACCUGCAACUGGAUGGGGAAUGAUCUUCACCUACUUCUAUGUGCUGUACUUCGGGGUCUUGCUCAUCCACCGCGAGCGCCGGGACGACGCCAUGUGCGCGAAGAAGUAUGGCGAGGAUUGGAAGACGUACAGGCGGACUAUCGCUUCCUCUCACAAUGCGCGUCUCGCUACUCACUGCCCUGGUGGCAACCAUUUCAUCCGCCUCAGCGGCCCUCACCUGGUCCCUGGAAAAAUCAUCAAACCCAACCCGGUCGCCCGGCACGCCCGGCUCGGAGCCGCCACCAAAACCCUCUACGUCUAUUACUCCCCCGGCGUGCCCACCGCCGAAGCCAACUACAACGGGGACAUCCGAUUCGGCAGCGACCGCAGCUACAUGAAUGAGCGCACGGCGCUGCACGAGAUCUCGCAUACUCUGGGUGUCGGACAGACCUCUGCCUUUGACGAGCUCUGCGCGAGCGGGGAUUGGCCGCGCGCCCUGCCCCUUCUGCGGUCGUGGGAUGGACCAGAUGCGGUUAUUAACUGCGGUGGCGGGCACUUUUGGCCGUAUGGGCUCAACUACAAUGAUGAGUGGAGCGAGACGAAUGGCGAUCGGAAUGUGUUGUUGGUGAAUGCGAUGGUUGCUGAUGGGAUGUAG